AUGCAGUGCACGACCUUAGCGGCGGUGCGCAAUGGCCCCGAGGAGCUGGGGAGCGACUCCUCGGGGCCGCACGAAGCCCGGUUUCGAGCCGAGCUGGAGACGCUGCGGGAGCAGCUGCUGCGGCGCAGCCCGUGCGUGGCGGCGCCCGCCCUGGACGCCUUCGUGGAGCGGGUGCUGGAGGCCGGACGGCUGGGGCGCGCCGCGCUCGCCAACGCCUCGGAGCCCGCCUGGGACUUUGCCUCGGCUCUCUUCUACGCCAGCACGCUGGUCACCACCGUGGGGUACGGGUACACGACGCCACUGACUGACGCGGGCAAGGCAUUCUCCAUUGCCUUUGCACUCCUGGGCGUGCCGACCACCAUGCUGCUGCUGACCGCCUCGGCCCAGCGCCUGUCGCUGCUGCUGACCCACACACCCCUGUCUUGGCUGAGGGUGCGCUGGGGCUGGGACCCCCGGCGGGCAGGCCGCUGGCACUUGGUGGCCCUGCUGGGGGUUGUAGUGACUGUCUGCUUCCUGGUGCCGGCUGUGGUCUUUGCCCACCUCGAGGAAUCCUGGAGCUUCCUGGAUGCUUUCUACUUCUGCUUCAUCUCUCUGUCCACCAUCGGCCUGGGUGACUACGUGCCCGGGGAGGCCCCCGGCCAGCCCUACCGGGCCCUCUAUAAGGUGCUAGUCACAGUCUACCUCUUCCUGGGACUGGUCGCCAUGGUGCUGGUACUGCAGACUUUCCGCCACGUGUCCGACCUUCACGGCCUCACAGAGCUCAUCCUGCUUCCUGCUCCGGGCCCUGCCAGCUUCAAUGAGGAUGAAGACGAUCAGGCGGACAUUCUGGGCCCCCAGCUGGAGCCACGCCAGCAGCUCUCUGCCACCUCCCAUGCCAACUAUGCCUCCAUUCCCAGGUAGCUGGGGCAGGUACUGCAAGGCUGGAUGGAGCCGGCCUGGAGCUGAGAGCCCUGUGACUACAGCUGACCAUACAAGAAUGUCCAGAAGCACACGCACACACAUUCACGAGGCAUUGCCGCCAACUGACCAUCCUUUUUACAGCCCCCAGCUGGCAUUCCAAGUCCUGAGACCCACUGGCUGCCAAAAUCACCCUGAUCUCCUUCCCUUUCCCUUAUUUCCCCUCGUACUCUGUGUCUCUCUGGCUUUCUCACUGCCUCUGUCGUUCCCUCUUACUGUGUUUUUCAUUCUCUAACCCAUUCCAUUUGUCUCUCUCACUCAACCAUCCAUCCAUCAAUUGCUUACUCUACCAGGCUCUAGGCUCAGGCCUCAUUUCAGGCACUAGCAUAGUCACUACACGUUGGACGAGUGACUGUCCCUCUCUGAGCCUUGAUUUCCUCAACUGUCAAAUGGAAAGAGUAUUCACUCAUCCAAAAAUUCCUCCAGGUUAAAGCAUGGUGCUCAUAACACCAAGGUCCAGGGUUUGAUCCCUAUACCAGCCAGCUGCCCCCAAACAAAAUGAAACAAAACAAAAACCCCCAAAAUUCCUCCUCUGGGCUGGCCUUGUGUUACACAGUGCCAGAGACACAGUAGCUGUGGAGAAGGGCCUUGGCCCUGCUUUCAUGGGGCUCACAGUC